UCUGAUAAUGUGCCGGAACAUUCAGGGCAGUACAGCAGCAGUGCUGACUUCAAUCAUCCGUAAUUUAGUUGGCCUAUUCCCGUCGUCGAUCAUCGUGCUGCAGUCCGAGCAGAAUGCAACCGUUGCACAUUUUGGCGAGCGUCUUCGUUACUGUGUUGAUGAUUGGACAGGAAGGGGAAUGUGCAAACAUUCUCGUGCUGAUGAGUGUUGUUUCUAAGAGCCACUUCAUAUGGAUACGACCAAUAGUGAACCGCUUAGCGGAAAGGCAUCAUAAUGUGACGAUACUCUCGGUCAACGUGGAUCCCGCUCCGCCAAUCAACGUUACCUACAUUCAUCUCGAGAAUAGCUACAACAUCCUCUACGGAAAUGGAACAUCGGCUAAGAAUGACAUUCUAAAACGCUCCAACGAGAUGGCCACCGAUGCGACUAGAUCGUUCUAUCGCUUCGGUUUGUUAGGAUGUGAAGGUGCUGUUACAUCGAAGGGAUUUCAGCAGUUGCUACUGUAUCCGCACGAUUUCCGGUUCGAUCUCGUGAUCUACGACUUCACCUGUGGUCCGUGUGUGUUGGGCUUUCUGCACAAGUUUAACUACCCACCACUAGUUAGUGUCACCGGCUUUGGAGUGCCUCAGUUUACCCAUCAACUGGUUGGAGGUCGGAAAGAACCAUCCGUUGUGCCACACUUUACUCAGCUCACCGAACACCCGAUGCCGUUCACUCAACGUUUGCUCAAUUCAGCGAUUCAUACGUUCGAUGCGCUAUACCGACGGUUCGUGUUCCUGCCCCAGGUGAUGGAUAUUGCCCAGCGAGGCUUCGAUUUCCCGUUACCCGCGUUAAGCGAGCUCGAACGUCGAACACUCCUUAUGCUCACCAACUCCAAUCCAGCGCUCGAUCCACCGGAAAGCCUUCCACCGAACGUAAUCCCCGUCGGUGGACUACAGAUCGUUCCUGCAGCACCCUUGCCGGACAAACUGCACAGUUUCAUCAGCAGUGCUCACAAGGGUGCCAUAUUGUUCGCAAUGGGCACUAACUUUCGCAGCAAAAUGUUCACCACGGAACGGCAGCUCAUGUUCCUGGAGGCCUUCGCCGCCCUGCCAGAGUAUCACAUUCUGUGGAAGUUUGAUGAUGAACGAUUGCCACGUCAAGCGAGUCCGAACGUGCUGGUACAACCUUGGUUGCCCCAGAACGAUAUUCUCGCACAGCCGCAGGUCCGUGCGUUCAUCAGCCACUGUGGCCUAAUGAGUACGCAGGAGGCAACCUACCACGGUGUGCCGAUGGUCGGUAUACCGAUCUAUGUUGACCAACAUUUAAACCUGCAUCGUACCGUACAGGCUGGUGCUGGUGUAAAGCUUGAUCUCGCUACGCUUAGCACGGUAAAAAUCGUAGAUGCACUGCGAGCGGUGCUAGAAAAUGAUUCUUACAGACAAGCCAUGAGUCAUCGAUCGGCUUUGUUCCGUGAUCAACCGGAACCACCGCUCGAUCGAGCUAUUUGGUGGAUUGAAUGGGCUUUAAGACACCCAAACGAAUCGCGACUCCGUUCGACAACGCUUGAGUUGAGCGUACUCGCCGCCAACGAAUACGAUGUCGCGUUGUGUGUAACGCUUUUACUAGUAGCAAUUGCAGUGCUAGCACGAGUUAUGUUCUCUCUAACGCUUUUUCGAAGAAAUCGAGUCCAACAACCAACCAGCAAGAAGACGAAACGGUUGUGAAGACUAGGCACCCCCCACGAGUUACGGUCAAGGUACAUCGCUUCUCCAAUCUCCAGACGUUCUAUAAUUCCUCGAAUCUCAUCGUAAUACAAAUAAAACAUUUGUUUUGGGG